GUUACCUUGUAAUGGUGGAUUGCGGCGAGUAUAACAUUUCUUUGCCUUAAAAGUUGUUCGAAGUUUUUAACCAAUUCAUCAGAACAGUUCUGUAUUCACAUGGAACUGCACACAGGAGAGGAGCCAUACAAACGCAAGGUCUGUGGGGCUCAUUUAUCCCGGAACUUGGUUUAAAGCGUCACAUGGAAGAACAUUUAGUAGAGAAACCAUAUAAAUGUGGUAUGUGUGAUGCUGCUUUUUCUCUAAAAUGUGUUUUAAUGGAACAUCUUAGAAUACACACAGGAGAGAAGGCAUACAAGUGUGAUGAGUGUGAUGCUGCAUUCUCUCAGAAAGGUAAUUUACAAUCGCAUAUACGGAAACACACUGGAGAGAAGCCAUACUCGUGUGAGUUGUGUGAUGCUGCUUUCCCUCGGAAUUCUGCUUUACGGAGACAUGUUAGAAUACACACUGGAGAAAAGCCAUACUUGUGUGAGGUGUGUCAAGCUGCUUUCUCCCAGAAAACUGAUUUACAUAAACAUAUAAGAAUUCACACAGGAGAGAAGCCAUUUAAGUGUAAGAUAUGCGCUUCCGCUUUCUCUCGUAAUGGUUGUUUACAACAACAUAUAAGCAAACAUACAGGGGAUAAGCCAUAUCAGUGUGAGGUAUGUGAUACUGCUUUCUCCCGGAAAGGUCAUUUACAACAACACAUGAAAACACACACAGGAGAGAAGCCAUACAAGUGCAAGGUGUGUGCUGCUGCUUACACUCGGAAUGGUCAAUUACAAAAACAUAUAAGAAAACAUACAUGAGAUAAAUCAUGAAAGUGUGAGGUGUAUGCUCCUGCUACAAGUGUAGUCCAAACUACAUAGCUGGCCAUUAGCAUUUUUCAAAUGAAUCAAUAUCAAUAUAAGUUCACUUGUGUAUCAGUAAAGCAUAGACUUGUUAUAUUCGACAAACUUAUUGCUCCAAUUUUGAAUAAUACAGGAGUGGUUUUGGGUUUUGUCCAAGGUAAUGCAGUUGAAAGAGUUCAUCUAUAAUUCUGCAAACGUCUACUCGGCGUCCAAAAGACAUACAGACUGACUUCAUUUUCGAAGAAUUUAAUAGGACGAUUAAGCUUUUAAACGAUUAUAUAUAUAAAUAAAAUUAAAUAUUGGUUAAAACUGUUGUAUACAGAUAAUAAUAAUAAGUGCAUAAAAAAGGUUUAUAUUAUGCCUAAAAAUGACGUGGAACGGAAUGCAAACAAACCGAAUUGGUGUUCACUUACUUAAGACCGUCAUUAUAGUUUAGGUUUAUUUGAUGCAUUGCUUUAUCAAGAAAUAGGUGAUGUUUAAUUAGUUUUGUCAUUAAUAAAACACCGACUGUAAGAUAAUUAUUCUGGAUUGACAUGGAAGACUUCAUGCAUCCACUAGAGCUAGAUUUUAGGUCAAUGUGUCAAGUUUUAGACUUCAGCCUUACCUCGAAAUAUUGAAUCUUACAGAGUGUCGUUAGUCUAUGUCUAAAUUGCGGCUAUCCUCUCACAGAUUAAGCAUUGUAACAGGUAGAUGGAAUAGACCGCAAUCAAAACCAUUAACCGAACGUCAAUGUACCAUUUGUAAUUCAAUAGAAGACGGUACCAUUUUGUUUUAGAGUGCACAUUGUAAACUGAACUCAGAGUUAAUUAUUUUAUUUUGAAAAAUGUUAGUGUGUAUAUUUUUAAAGCAUUUUGAUUAAGAAACACUACGUUAUAUUCCAUGGAAUUUGUAUAGGUUUGUUGUAAUUGUCAUUUAUUUGUUUGUUAAGAAUUACACAGUAACUGAAUGAAGAACUCUUACGAAGACAGAGAUUAAGUGUAAACUAUUAGUGCACCUAAGGCUAUCUAUAUCACCAUAGUAAUGUAUUCAUUACUAUAAUUUAAAUAUAUAAUUCUUUUUGCAAUUGUGUUGACUGUGUUAUUGCUGAUUUUGCCGCCAUUGUAUACAUACAUGUUUACCAAAUGGGUCUAUGACCUUCUUGGAAAUAAAUGUUCUCUUCUGUUCUUUAUUUAAGGAUACACACAUCGGAGAGAAAUUUGCUGGCAUAUUACUGCCGUAAGAAAACAUAAAAAUCAACAAGAUCCUUUAGAAUGCAUAAACCAUAAUUCUGAAACGUCCUGUCAAUUUAACUUUAUUAUUAGACGAUAUAAUUAUAAAUACAUGCUACCUUUUAUUACUGUUCAAGACUAACAUGUAAUCUUGGUAUGCUUUGGGAAUUCCACUGAAUAAGUAAUUUAAAAACUUUUAAACUAGAUAAGAAUUGUGGAACCAAUAAAGUCAGUUAUAUUUACAUGUAUUCUAGAUUCAGGCAGUAAAAGGGUUUGUUAAUUCCACUAAAUUAGUAACUACAACAUGUAUUUCAAUGUAAAACUAGUUACGGUUCGUGGAACCAGUAAUAUAUAAAUGCUUUCCAGUUUUUGGCAGUAACAUGAAAUCUGAUAAUUGUUUGCGAAUUUCAAUAAGUAAGUAUACCAGUUAACUUAACAAAAUCCUUCUAGAAGCCAAAACUGCAUUUAUAGGUAAAUGGUACCACAAAGAUUUGGGUUUAGUACGUGGUCAACAUUAAACAAAUCGUCAGCGUUAUUAGUUCGUCUUACUGUAGUAUUAUACAACCAUAGAGAAGCCAUACAGCUGUGAUGUAUGUUAUUUUGUGUUCUCUACGAAUUGUUACUUACAGAAACACAAGCAUACACUAGGAAUGCUUGGAAUUAUUUUAGUUUCCCUACUCUUUCGGGCGGUUUUUUUUUGGGGGGGGGGGGCGCCACCAGUAUGUUGUCCGCUGAAUUACUUAAGAAGCUUUUGUCCAUUCAUUAUUAUUUUUUUCUCAGAAAGUGUGUUGGCAUACUGUCUUAUCAAGAUAACCGGCCAUAUGGCCUUUGUCACCCAGAGUUAACGCCCUUAGUUAUAGAUUUGUUAAUGAACUUAAAAUGGUCUUGUCCUAUCAAUUAUUCUUCACACUUUUUCCAAAUCAUCACUAGAUUUGGUCAGAAUAUGUAAGGACAGGAUAACACUUUACUGGUUCAAAAGUUGUUGGCGAUAUAAGCGUUCAUGGAGCACCUUUGUUCUGCUGUCUUUGUAUUUAAUUUCAGUAAAUUGGAACAGUUUUCUGUGAAAUACAACAACCGGUAUGUACAGCUCACCUAGCUGAGCCCUCGGUCCUACCCUUACCAGUAAGACCAUAUGAUCAAGUUUACUUAGAUGACCAAAAAGAAACCCUGACAAUAGUCAUUGGGUUUUAUUCGUCUUCAUGUUUGCCUCAUAAGAAAUUUAACGGCAAUUCACUGGGAUUUGGCCAACCUCACAGAAAUAUUAAUGUAUAAUUAUUGGUAUUGCGUAUUCUACAAAGGUAUGUCUUAACCACAUUAGUCGAAUCUCAUUAUGAAUUAACGUUAAAGACACCAAUGUAUUUUUACUUGCAUUUCAUUGUAGCUUUGUGAUUUCUUUGUUUUUCUAAGAAAAGAUGAAAAUAAAAAGUUACAAGCGG